UUCCGAUUGGCACUGUUGUUGAUAUAACAGUGGAAUGUAGCCUAUUGUGACUCUUUAAAAGGAGGUAAUGCUCUUUCAAGUGUCAGGAGUGCAGACUGCCUGCUGUGGUCAUCCAGACUGCCUGCUGUGGUCAUCCAGACUGCCUGCUGUGGUCAUCCAGACUGUUGCUGUGGUCAUCCAGUGAUGUCUCUGUUUAAUGUGGAAGCUGUGCGGUCAAGACUGACAAGUGGCCAGAUAGGCAGGGAUGUAAUCUAUAAGCAGGUGACCACCACCACAAUGGAUGAUGCAGAGAAAGGCGCAAGAAAAGGUAAGGGCCAUGGAGUGGCCUAUGUGGCUGAUACAAUGACAAAUGCCAGGGGGUCGAAGGGACGAAGCUGGCAUGCAGAGAGUGGGGGAAACAUCUAUGUCUCCUUCAUCAUUCACAGGGAUGCUCAACAGGGAGUGAAUAUCCCAGAACGCCACUUGGAGAAUGACAUUGAAAUUGCUGCAUCGCUGGCAGCCUUGCAUGUCCUGCAGGAGAGAGGGGUCAGCAAUGUCAAGGUUAAAUGGCUAAAUGACCUCUGGGUUAGAGGUCACAAGCUGCUAGGGGCACUAGCAGAGUUCAAAGGAAAUUUGGAGGUUGAGGGGGUAAGAAAGCACCUGUACAUCCUCGGUCUUGGUUUAAAUCUUAACUCAAACAUGCGGCACCAGUCUGGGCUGCAAGGCCUUGCAACCAGCGUGUGGUGUGAGACAGGGCACCGGAUGUUGCGGGAGGAUGUGUUUAUUGAAGUGUGUCGCCAGCUGGAAGUCAACCUGGCUAAGCCCCGUGAGGAGCUGCUAACCCUGUACCAGCAAAAUUCCGUCCUGUGUGAGGGGACAGAGGUUAAGGUGUACUUCACAGACCAGAGCAAACCAACGCAGGUGUGCACCUACCUUGGGGUGGACAAGAACUGGGCCGUCAGACUUAAGAGCAAGAUGGAAGAAGAGGUCACUUUGCCCAUUACCGAGGUAUCCAUCAGACCGUGUCCACAGCGUGCCAUAUAUGUUCUAAAAGGGGAAUCGUUGGAGGACUGGAGUUACCUGCUCCUCAUGACCAUGUUCAACACUCUAGUGGACACUGUGAAAUACAAUGUCAGGAUCCUUGAUAUCCAAUCUCUUAUUGAGAAUGGCUUACCAGAAGACUGUGCCUUGCUUGUGAUUGGUCAGCUUCAAGCUCCUAUUGACUACUCAUUGUUUGAGAGAGUGCGGGGCCAUGUAGAAGAAGGGAUCUCAUGCUGGUUGAUUGGCUCGGCUUGUUCUCUCUGCACACAGCCAGGCAGUGAUGGCCAUGUAAGCAGUGUACCCUCUAUUCAAUGUUUCACUGUUCUAGACCAUCCACUCUCUGCACAUUUUACAUCGAACAAGAAAAUAUCAAAGGUUAACUUGUUGAUAACUGAUAGAUUCCCUAUCCUUCAAGACUUCCUGGAUGACAAGCAACAUUCAGUCAUUAUAAGGUCAAGUGUUGAGAAAAUCGAUUUUGAUUGUACAAAAAACAUAGAUUUACCAUUGAGAGACGAUGAGGACCAAUCUAAAGGUGAUACUUUUGUUGCCAUGGCAACGUUCAAUAUUGGGCGUGGCAUAGUUUGUCUGUGUGUGCCGCAUAUCGAGGUGGCAUACCCAGAUGUUGGGCAGCAUUUCCCGAGUCUGGAAGGUGCACACACACUGAUAGAGGACACAGUAUACCAGCGGGACUCCCUCAUCAUCCAUGCUCUAGAACAUCUUGGGAUACAGUGAACUGUGAUCUAAGUGGCCUGUGUUUUGUCAAUGUCAACAACGUAACUAAGGCAAAACUACUAUUGUUGUCCUAAAUCAAAUCUACAUGAAGGGCAAUAUUACUGUAUAAGCUGAUUCUAGUCUAAUAUCAAAUCUACAUAAAGGAGAAUAUUACUGUAUGUUAGGCAGCGCUCGUCAUGUUGUCAUAAUCAAAUCGUUUUAUACAUGUACACAUGUACUCUGUUUAUAUUUGUGUCUAAAAAUAACCAUCUUCUGCGGCCCAUAUCCAAUAUUCUCCGUAUAGCUAAAAUCCCCUUUAGCCAGUUUACAGAGGUUAUCCGUUAGUCCUAAAUAUCGUAGAACUUAGUACAGUAUUUCUUACUUCAGAAUAAGUCUUUAGUUCUCGGUCAAACAGAUAAAGUAACCUCUUAAUCAUCACACCUUUCCCACUUGAGUUUAGCCUAUCAAGCGCCAUUUUUGAUGCUCGGGAUUCUCCGUUAAAACCGAGAGUUGCCGAAGUGGUAAUCGGUAAUGUCCGCGUAUGACGGAAAUGGCUGUGCUCGAUUCUUUUCUCCGAUGUAUGUCAUCUUAUUGAUGACGUCACCGGAGCCUCUCCUUUUUGUAUAUAAACCCCCCAAAUCCGGAGACGCUUUGUCAAUCUCCCUAAAACCUUGUAACCAUCCUUCUAUUUACGAUCCUCGUAAACCUCAUUCUCCGGAUCAUCCAGACAUGAACCGCUUAGUAAGCGAGGUAAUGAAAUCUAUACCAUAACUUAUAAUACUAAAUAUUCGGAGAAAUACUAUAAUAAUAUUCUGGACCAUCCUGACUAUAAAACAAAUCCCCUUACCUUAAGGCUUAUUCCUGGAUUCUGGGGCUCGGAGAUGAUACUCGUACGAUAUAAUAUGUAUGCUUGUGUAUCCGUAUAACUUACCAUGAUGCAACUAUUUAAAUGUUAACGUACGACUUGGAAAUAAAUGUCUUGACUUAAGUUGA